AUGGCCGCCAUUGCGCGCCCGCUGGCGCAACCGGACGACAGCGUGUCGCCGGGAGUGACGCAGUCUCGGUUGGAAACGAUAUUGAAGGUCGUCGCCGGCGUGCACAAUUCCGUGGACGAACGCUUCGCGCUGGUUCAGGAGGCCAUCGACCAGGUAACGGACAUUGGGCAAGUGAAGGUGGCCGUGUCAGAAGAGGUCAGGGAUGUAGUGCAAGAGCAGCUGAAAGUCACUGUGCAAGGCGAAAUUGCACAUGCCAUUGGGGAAGAAGUCAAAAGAACGGUGCAGCAACGGGCGAGUGAGGUAGUCUGCCGGGAAGUCACGCAAGUCGUGCAGCAAGUAGACCUGUGCAUGGGAUUCCUACUCCCAUAG